AUGCCAUCGAGCCAGCAUCACCAUGUUCCCUGGAUGGUCUGCCGGCUUGACAGGCGGGCGAGUAUUGGCGUACCUCUACUAACUAAUACCAUUAAUGAGUACGAAGAUACGCUCGGCGAAUCAAAUCCAAACUGCAUUGUUAUUUGGCACUGCGUUUGCAUGCUUGUCUGCGUGGAUGGCAAUGUUCUAGCACGCGCCGCAGGUCGCGAAGGACCAAAUGCUAUGAACAAGGCUCGACAGGAAUUGAUAUCGUGGACAGAAACAGAUGCUUCACGACGAGCAUGCAUCCAUGCAGCUCAGACGUUUCGGAUACUAUCACAUCGCAAGCCGGCUGAUGGAACAGCAUUUCAGUCCGUCCGAACUUUAUUCAUGUCGGCGCUGGUCCUUGGAUUUUACCUCCUUGCCAAAGAAUCCUCCCCCAUCUACUCACCAGUCCAUGAAAAUGUUGCAUUUGACUUAUCUAAUACGGAUGUUGAUUGGAAGACCAUCGGGGAAGAGGGCUUUUCUGAAUUGCCAAAAUUCCCAAGCUCAGAAAAUGCAGCGGUCAGAUUUAUUCAUUUCGGUGGUCCCAUUGUUAUGGAUGGGAAGAAAUAUCAAUCUGGAGCUCAGCAUGCUAAGCGUAUCAUCUUGGAGUUUGCUAGUCUUUUAGACGAAGUUGGGUCUCACUGGAUGACUGAUUAUGCGCAGCUCUUGUACACUAUUCACGACACAAUUGAAGAUAAGGGGAGGUAA